AGCACCACUGUUACAUAUCUGUUCUGUUUGGGAAGUUCAACCUAAUGAAGUAAUGAUGGUUGGGGAUAACCUUAAAGAUGAUGUGAGUUCUGCUCUAUUUCUCUCUCCAUCAUUUGCACCAUAUUUGUUAAGAACAUUUCUGAUUCAUUUUGAGGUUGCUUGUGGGAAACGAGCGGGAGCAUUUACAUGCUUGCUUGACGAAACAGGGAGGUAUGAUUCUCCCGAAUACACAGAUGUGGAAUUUCAGCCAGAUUACAAUGUGUCUUGUCUUGCCCAUGUUCAUUCACUACUGGAAGCAAAUUUUGACCUGACACCAUGAUCCACAAUUUCCUUGACAAUAAAAUUUUGCAUUGUUAAAUUGAGUAGCAUUGAGAUUCUCAGACCAUUUAUUAGUUGGUGGAUACACC